AUGCUCUACAAGGGCAAGCUGCACACAUGGGUGCCUGUGGUCAAUGAUGUGAACACCUGUGAGCUGCACUGCCGGCCCUCAAAUGAGUAUUUUGCCAAGAAGCUGUGGGACGCUGUGGUUGAUGGCACCCCCUGCUACCAGGGCAGGGUCAGCCAGGACCUCUGCAUCAGUGGCAUCUGCAAGGCAAAGCCCAUACCAGGCCUCCUGGCACUGGAGACCCCUGCCAGUCAGGGCUCGCUGCCCCUCGUCUCCUUGGAUACUGUGCCAGCACUGCCCCAGCCGGGACACCGGAACCCAGGGCUAGGGCCACAGAGGGCUGACUGCCAGUACCACGGGCCUCCCCUCCCUUGUGUGUUGCACAAUGUGGGCUGUGACUUCGAGAUUAACUCCGGUGCCAUGGAGGACCGCUGUGGCGUGUGCCACAGCAAUGGCUCCACCUGCCACACCGUGAGCGAGACCUUCGUGGAGGCCGAGGGCCUGGGGUAUGUGGACGUGGGUCUGAUCCCAGCUGGCGCACGUGAGAGCCGCAUCCAGGAGGUGGCGGAGGCUGCUAACUUCCUGGCACUGCAGAGCGAGGACCCAAAGAAGUACUUCCUCAACGGCGGCUGGACCAUCCAGUGGUACAGGGACUACCAGGUGGCAGGGACCACCUUCGCAUACGCAUGCAGGGGCAACUGGGAGAACCUCGCGUCCCCGGGUCCCACCAACGAGCCUGUCUGGAUUCAGUUGCUGUUCCAGGACAGCAACCCCGGGGUGCGCUAUGAGUACACCGUCCACAGGGAGGCAGAUGGCCAUGGCGAGAUCCCGCCACCCGAGUUCUGGCACUACGGACCCUGGACCAAGUGCACGGUCACCUGCGGCACAGGUGAGAAGAGGGACAGGCACAGCCCUUCCAGCAGGGGCUUUGGCUCUGGACAGGGACGCUGGCUUCAGCCUCCAGCUCACUGCUGGGCCACCACGGGUCUUGAGGUUUGCUUCUCUGAGCUUCAGCUCCCCAUCUGUGAAAUGAGGCUGGUAAUUGCCCCAUGUCCCAUGCCCACUGUGUGGUAAAUAGAUGAGGCAGGUGGAGACAGCUUGCGGCAAGUGCUCAGCGUGCCCCAGCCCUUGGCGUUCUCCAUCCAGGGGCACAGGUCCCUCUCAAUUUUGUCCUGGCUCAGCUCCGGCAGGUCUCGUGCCUGCAUUUCUGCUGUGUCCUGGAGACGACCUUCCCACCCUCACAGAGCUUUAGCUGUGGGCUUGAAGGGGCACUGCUCCCCUUCUCCAGCCCCUCCAGUGGUCCAGACCCUGGGGCUCCCUGAUGGCCAUCCCAUGAGGG